CGCUCGUCUAUCCCCGUCCUUCCAACGGGAGUGGACACCUGCCUUGACCUCGACAAGCUGGUUUCUCCAGCGACUCCACACGCACAACCUGGAGGGGGCUCCAUCUUGGAACCCAUUUUAAAACGAGGAGAGUGGAGGCUAAGCCUGCGGGUUCCCCGGCAGCCAUGGCCCCGGCCCACGACGACGAGGAGCUGUCCAUCUCGCUGUCCCCAUCGCAGAUCCGGCGACGCAGGCGGCCAGGUGAGGGACAGGACCAGAGCACCGACAACAGCCACCACCGGCACCACCAGACGACGACCCCGCGCUCAUCCAUCGACGCUGCCGUCAUGGCCUCCGGAUCCGCACCCACCACCGCCCAAAAUGCCCCGCUCCGCGACAAGACGCGCACCGAGCAGCGCAUCGGCGCCUACAACAUCGUCAAGACGCUCGGAGAGGGCAGCUUCGGCAAGGUCAAGCUGGCCGUCCAUCGCGGCACCGGCCAGCAGGUCGCCCUCAAGAUCAUCUCGCGCAAGAACCUCAUCAGCCGCGACAUGCAGGGCCGCGUCGAGCGCGAGAUUGAGUACCUCCAGCUGCUACGCCAUCCUCACAUCAUCAAACUUUACACCGUCAUCAAGACCCCGACCGAGAUCAUCAUGGUCCUUGAGUACGCCGGCGGCGAGCUCUUCGACUACAUCGUCGCCCACGGCAAGAUGCAGGAGAGCGAGGCCCGACGUUUCUUCCAGCAGAUGCUCUGCGCCGUCGAGUACUGCCACCGCCACAAGAUUGUCCAUCGCGAUCUCAAGCCCGAGAACCUCCUCCUCGACGACAACCUCAACGUUAAGAUUGCCGACUUUGGCCUAAGUAACAUCAUGACGGACGGUAACUUCCUCAAAACGAGCUGCGGCUCGCCCAAUUACGCCGCCCCCGAGGUUAUCGGCGGGAAGCUGUACGCGGGACCCGAGGUUGACGUCUGGAGCUGCGGCGUCAUCCUCUACGUCCUGCUCGUCGGCCGCCUCCCCUUCGAUCACGAGCACAUUCCCACCCUGUUUGCCAAGAUUGCCCGGGGCAGCUACAUGGUGCCGACCUGGAUGAGCCCGGGCGCAGCGAACCUCAUCAAGAAGAUGCUCGUUGUCAACCCGGUCCAGCGCGCCACCAUCGAGGACAUCCGCCAGGACCCCUGGUUCCUCAAGGACCUGCCCGCCUAUCUUCAACCGCCCGUCGAAGAGUUCCUCAACACAGGUGUCGACCCAAACAAGGCCAUCAAGGUGAGCGACAUUGCACCUCACGCGCCGCCACAAGAGCAGGAAAAGCUGCACAACGAGGUGACCGAGAAGAUCAGCAAGACCAUGGGCUACGGCAAGCGGGACGUGGAAGAGGCUCUCGAAGCCGACGAGCCGUCCGCCAUCAAGGACGCUUACAUGAUCGUGCGCGAGAACAAGAUCAUGGAGAGCACCCAACUCGCCGGCCUCGCCACGGACGAUGCCACACCGAGCCCGCACCCGGACCCAACCAUGUCGUCCACCCGCUCCGUAGCUUCCACCAGCACGGGAACGUCAUCAGCCAGACCCCCCUACGUGAGCAAGGUGGGCAUCCUUCCGAGCAGCUUGCCCGUCUAUCACAAGGCCUUCAUGGAUCGCGAAAGAGCGCGGGCCGAGGGUAUCGACAUACCCGAGGCACCGAUUGCCGUGCCAGACCCCAGCUCUCACACGCGGAGCCCGGCCGAGCAGGAGGAAACCCUGCGUCGACUGAAGCCUCAUUCUCGCAGUCUUGUCCCCCUCGAUGACCCGAGCCGUCCCCGAGGGCUUACCCCCGUCAACCCGCCAAAGAAGAACAAGCCCAUCCGGUGGCAGUUUGGCAUCCGCUCUAGGAACGCGCCCUGGGAAGCCCUGCUGUGUAUCUACAAGGCGCUGCACAAGCUCGGAGCCGCAUGGAUAGUGGAUGAAGACUACGACUUGUCCCGCCAGGACGACGAGAACGGCGACUGCAGCGGCAGCCGUCACUCCCGCAAGCAAAGCUCGUCGUCGGGCGUGGACCCGCGCGAGUUGUACAAGCUCCCAGCUGACCCGUGGCACAUCAAGAUUCGCUGGGAAACAAACAACCUCCAAAAGCAUUCGGCUGCGUCCGGGCUCGGCGAGACCAGCGCGAAUCCGCAGGUCACCCGCGAAGGGGAAGACUUUGACAUAGUCGCCAUGCGUAUGGAGAUCCAGAUCUACGAAAUGGAGCCCGGCGUCUUCCUCGUCGACUUCAAGGUUGACGGGUACGAAACGCCCGAGGGAAAGCUCUUCGAGGACAAGGAAGUCGCGAGCCCAUUCCCGUUCCUCGACAUGGCCGCCAGGCUUAUCAUGCAGCUGGCCGAUGCGGAUUAGAAACCCCGUCAGGCAAUGGCAAAGGAAUUGGCGCUGGCACAGGCACAGGUACA